AUGGCAGUGUUGGAGAAUGUCGAAUUUGAAGGAGAGAGACUCAGGAUCGAUACAGACAACUGGAGAUACUCCAGGUUGUUGCAAUUGCAACUAGCAGCGGCCUUUUUGGUGUUUGUCCUCUUUGGACUAGGCGAGCAAACAGUGGACACCUUGAUACCCGAGUUGCAAGCCUACUACAGCAUCAACGACCGCAGCAUAAGCUAUGUGUUUUUCAUGAGUGUUUCCGGGUACUUGGUCAUGGCCAUCAUCAACAACAUAACGCAUGAAAAAUUGGGCGUAGGAGGGGUGGCAGUCAUGGGCGCAACGUCAAUGACCCUGGCCUACCUCGUGCUUUCCAUGAAACCGUCGUUUCCUUUGUUCUUGGUCACCUCGUUCUUCACUGGGGCUGGUCUAGGGGCAUUAGACGCUUCUUUGAACUCGUGGAUCACAGAUCUCGUGGACUCGAACCAGUUGUUGGGAAUACUCCACGGCUGCUACGGCAUCGGCAGUUUGAUCACCCCGAGCUUGAUCACGUAUUUAUUGCAGAAGGAGAAAAACCCAUGGAGAUGGAACCAUUACUACGUUCUUUUAGCAACCGUGGGCGCAUCGACUCUUGUCUUGGUUGCCUACUCCUUCCGCUACGAGACGCCGAAAAAGUACAAGUAUAUCGCUCAAAAGAGGCAUCAUGAAUCCAAACAGGACAUUACGUUUGAAUUCGAAGACUUGAGCUCCUCGGCGUCGCCGCAACUCGAGGAGGAGGAGGUGGUGGUGGUGGAGAAGGAGGAGCACACCGCCAGCUUCAAAGAAGCCUUGACCCUGCCGCUUAUUUGGGCGUUUGCCUCGAUCUUGUUUAUCUACGUUGGCGGCGAAGCUGCGUUUGGAGCAUGGCUAGUAACAUUUCUCCUUCGACUGAAAAACUGGCAGUACAAGAUUGCCUCGCACAUGGCAACAAUCUUUUGGUUGGGUUUGACCGUGGGCAGAAUCGCGCUCGGGUUCGUUACCGCAAGCUACUUUUCCACAGAGUUGACCGCCAAUUUGGUCUACAUUAUACUAUCGUUGGUGGGCUACAUUGCAUUCUGGCUCGUUCUGUUUAAGCAAUUGAGCAGCGUGAUGUUUGUGAUUGUGUUCCUAACUGGUGCCGUUGUAGGGCCGAUCUUCCCCACCACCAUCAUUGCUGCGCUGACGAUUCUUCCUUCGCGAUUUCAAACUGUCGGGAUAGGCUUUAUUUGUGCAUUUGGAGGCGGUGGAGCUGCCGGGGUGCCCUUUGUUGUUGGUCUUUUAGCACAAUCAAGCGUUGGGUUGGAAGCAUUCCCCGGCGUUAUCAUAACCAUGUUUGCACUUCUAGCGAUCAUGUGGUUUGCUAUCAUGGCCAAAUAUAGAAACGUAUAUAGAAAGACAAUGUUAUAG